AUGCAGGGUGUCUUUACUUCUGGCACAUGGGAAGAGAGAUCCGAUGAAAUUUCCUUUGCUGGCUUCAAGUUUUCAGUCACUCAUCACUAUCUUGUACAGGAGUCUACUGAUAAAGAAGGGAAGGAUGAAGAAUCGGAGGAUGCUCUUCCACAAUCAAUGCAAGAUUUGCUAUGUAUGAAUAAUGACUUUCCUCCAAGAGCACAUUGCCUGGUAAGAUGGUAUGGCCUGCGCGAGUUUGUGGUGAUUGCUCCUGCUGCACACAGCGAUGCGGUGCUCAGUGAGUCCAAGUGCAACCUCCUCCUCAGCUCCAUUUCUAUCGCUUUGGGAAGCACUGGCUGCCAGGUACCAUUGUUUGUCCAAAUACAUCACAAAUGGCGAAGGAUGUACAUGGGAGAAUGUCAGGGUCCUGGUGUUCGAACUGACUUUGAAAUGGUUCAUCUUCGGAAAGUGCCAAAUCAGUACACUCAUUUGUCGGGCCUGCUGGACAUCUUCAAAUCAAAGAUUGGCUGUCCUUUAACUCCAUUGCCUCCAGUUAGCAUCGCUAUUCGAUUCACAUAUGUGCUUCAGGAUUGGCAGCAGUACUUUUGGCCUCAGCAGCCUCCAGAUAUAGAUGCCCUUGUGGGAGGAGAAGUUGGAGGCCUGGAGUUCGGCAAGUUGCCUUUUGGUGCCUGUGAAGAUCCUAUCUGUGAACUCCAUUUAGCAACAACAUGGCCUAAUCUGACAGAAGGGAUCAUUGUGGACAAUGAUGUUUAUUCUGACUUGGAUCCUGUUCAAGCUCCCCAUUGGUCUGUUAGAGUUCGAAAAGCUGAAAAUCCCCAGUGUUUACUAGGUGAUUUUAUUACUGAGUUUUUAAAAAUUUGCCGUCGAAAGGAAUCAACUGAUGAAAUUCUUGGACGAUCUACAUUUGAGGAAGAAGGAAGAGAAGUUGCUGAUAUAACUCAUGCUCUGUCAAAGCUUACUGAACCAGCACCAGUUCCAAUUCAUAAAUUAUCAGUUUCUAAUAUGGUCCACACUGCAAAGAAGAAAAUACGGAAACACAGAGGAGAAGAGUCACCACUGAACAACGAUGUUCUCAAUACCAUUCUUUUGUUCUUAUUUCCAGAUGCUGCCUCUGAGAAGCCCUUAGAUGCUGCUACUUCAACAGACAAUAGCAGUCCUCCGUCAGAGGCUGGACUCUAUACUCUCUACAAUCAGUUCAAGUCUGCACCCUCCGACAGUUUAACAUACAAACUGGCCUUGUGUCUUUGUAUGAUCAACUUCUACCAUGGAGGGCUGAAGGGAGUGGCACAUCUUUGGCAGGAAUUUGUUCUUGAAAUGCGCUUCAGAUGGGAAAACAACUUUCUGAUUCCAGGACUAGCAAGCGGGCCACCAGAUCUAAGAUGUUGUUUACUACAUCAGAAACUACAGAUGUUAAAUUGUUGUAUUGAAAGGAAGAAAGCACGUGAUGAGGGGAAAAAGACGAGCCCCUCAGAUAAUCCAACUAAUGCAUAUCCAGGGGAUGCUGGGAAAGCUGGAGGCCAGCUAGGCCUGGACUGUCUCAGAGAUACAGAGAAGGAAAAGGGAGAAGUAGGGAAAUCCUGGGAUUCCUGGAGUGAUAGCGAAGAAGAGUUUUUUGAAUGCCUCAGUGAUACUGAAGACCUUAAAGGAAAUGGACAAGAGAGUGGCAAGAAAGGCCCCAAGGAGAUGGCAAACCUAAAGCCGGAAGGACGCCUGCACCAGCAUGGGAGACUCACCCUGCUGCACAGCGGGGAGCCUCUCUACAUUCCAGUGACCCAGGAGCCAGCACCCAUGACAGAGGAUCUGCUGGAAGAACAGUCGGAGGUCUUAGCUAAACUAGGGACGUCUGCUGAGGGGGCGCACCUCCGCGCACGCAUGCAGAGUGCCUGUCUGCUUUCCGAUAUGGAGUCUUUUAAGGCAGCUAAUCCUGGCUGUUUUCUGGAGGAUUUUGUGAGGUGGUACUCACCGAGGGACUACAUUGAGGAAGAGGUGACUGACGAGAAGGGCAAUGUUGUUCUAAAGGGAGAGCUGAGUGCUCGCAUGAAGAUCCCCAGCAACAUGUGGGUGGAAGCUUGGGAAACUGCUAAGCCCAUUCCAGCACGACGCCAGAGAAGACUGUUCGAUGACACCCGAGAGGCUGAAAAGGUGCUGCACUACCUGGCCGUGCAGAAACCCGCAGACCUAGCUCGGCACCUCCUGCCCUGUGUGAUUCAUGCAGCUGUUCUCAAGGUAAAAGAAGAAGAAAGUCUGGAAAACAUCCCUUCUGUUAAGAAGAUUAUAAAGCAGAUCAUAGCCCAUUCCAGCAAAGUCCUGCACUUCCCCAAUCCUGAAGACAAGAAGUUGGAAGAAAUCAUCCUUCAGAUUACUAAUGUGGAAGCCAUAAUAGCCAGAGCCCGCUCCCUGAAGGCCAAAUUUGGAACUGAGAAGUGUGAGCACGAGGAAGAAAAGGAAGAUCUUGAAAGGUUUGUUAGCUGCCUGCUGGAGCAGCCUGAAGUGUCAGUCACUGGGGCAGGAAGAGGACAUGCCGGCCGGAUCAUCCACAAGCUGUUUGUGAAUGCUCAGCGGCUGACUGAGUCUUCUGAUGAGGCUGCUGCAGUGGCUCUGCCGGAGGAGGAGCUGAAGAGGCCAGGCUGCCCAGAGGAGAGAAGACAGAACUCCGUGUCCGACUUCCCGCCUCCUGCAGGCCGGGAGCUGAUCCUGAGGGCCACCGUGCCGCGGCCUGCCCCCUACUCCAAAGCCCUGCCGCAGCGCAUGUACAGCGUACUCACCAAGGAAGACUUCAGACUUGCGGGUGCCUUUUCCUCAGACACCUCCUUCUUCUAGGGGGAGGAGGAGAGGCAGCUCCUGCCAUGGACACCUGAGGGCCACCAAAAUGACCUUGUCCAGCCAGCAGCGGGAGCCACACCAGCAUCCAGGGGCAUCUCCAGCCCGACCUUGAGCCAGAGGGGUAGAUUUGAGGUGUCAAAGACUGUGUGUGGGGAAGACGGCCUGUGUGGGUAAGCCGCACAUCAGCGGUCCACUCCCUUUGGGGACAGUUUGUUCAUUCUCCUGUCAUCUGUGUAGAUACUUAGUGGCUGUUCUUCUUAGAUCACGUAUGCAAAUAGAGUAUCUCUUACCUCAGGCUCUGGAUAGUUGGGUGGUGGCCUUUAGUCCAGAGUCUGUUUUAAACUGCCACGUGGCAUUCUGUUUAUUCAGUCACCUGUGGUCGCUUUUAUUACGCUGUUUGGUGAGCAUCUGAAUACCCUAGGAGAAAGACUACAACUUCAGUUUUGUUUUUCCAUGUCACUCUAACUAAACGUAUUCCUUCUCAUCAGUCUGUACAUGAAAUGUCCCUGCAGAUUAGCCCUCUCUCUCUAGCUCUGUGUAUGUGUGUAUGUAUGUAUGUGUGUCCGUCUGUACGUCUUUCUUGUAGGCUCUCCUUGUCCUCUUGGUUGGACCCCUGCCUUUGCACUUUACUUCUCUGUUGCUGGCUGGGGACAGUAUUUAAUGAAGUCCUAUGAAGAACAGAGAUCCUCAGUCUUGGAACAGAGAUCACGGGGCGGCUGGUGAGCUCUGGGGUGUGUGCUGAGGCCGUGAGUGCGCAGAACCAUAUGGCCGCUUGGCUCUUGUAGCUGUGAGUGAUUGGGGCCAAAGCACCCAGCACAGAGGGGAUGGUGCCGCCCUUUGUGCAGCUCAGCUCAGGAUGUGGGAGUGUGUCGCUGCAGGACCUCUCUGUGGUGAUUGUAAAUUAUUUUGGGACCUAAAAUUCCCACUUGAAUCCAAAGUAAAAAAGGGUUAUGCUGAAGUGUAAAUUCUGCCUGUGUGAUUUUUAAAAAUUAAUAGAACUGCACAAACCCUGUGUUAUUUUUGUAAAAAAAAAAAAAAGAAAAAAAAGACUAUAUACAUUAUCUAUAUAGUGUGUGCGGACGUGUGUCUGUCCAUGAAUAGGCAGGGCCAGGUGCCUACUCCUAGGCCUCACAGCGCUUUCCUCUGAGAUGCUGGGCUUUGCCUCUUAGAAACCCAUAGACAAUGGCCAAGGCCUAAGCACUAGAACAUGUGGAAGAUGGUUCCCCCAGGACAGUGUCCAUCUGCUUUCCCUGGUAUUGACGGCAGAACUCUACAGUGUGGAGGUUGGUCUCAGAUGCCAUUGUUGAUCUAAUAAAAAGGACUGGUGUCCAUGUG